GAAUCAUUUGCUUCAUCAACAGUUUUAUUUAUUUUAAAAAUCAUUUUACAUUAUUAUUUGUUUUUUAAUGUAAAUCAAAUCAACAAUUUUUUUAAAUAAAAAAAAUAUGCAAUUUUUUAAACACCUAAUCAACUCAACUGUCCGAUCACUGAUGCGAUUGCCGCCAUCGGUGGCCUAUUAUGCGCUCAUACCGUCGGUAAUCCUAUUACUAAUACAACAACAGCACCGACACUGUAAUUAUGUGGACAAACAUACGCUUAGCGAUGAGUACGACUACAUAGUGAUUGGUGCCGGUAGUGGCGGUUCGGUAAUGGCCUCCAGGCUAUCCGAGGACAGUCAUCACAGUGUACUGGUGUUGGAGGCUGGUUUAGCCGAAAAUAUUGUAUCCGAUGUACCGCGACUGGCACUGUUACUACAGGGUACGCCAAUUGACUGGUCAUUUGUUACCGAACCACAGUCAAAGUCAUGUUUCGGACUCAAAGGCCGUCAAAUGGCGUGGCCAAGGGGUCGGGUGAUGGGCGGUUCGUCCGUAUUGAACACAAUGGUCUAUUCGCGCGGCAAUUCACGUGACUACGAUCAGUGGGCAGCUACUGGAGCACCGGGUUGGUCGUGGGCCGACCUGUUUCCCUAUUUUAUCAAAGCCGAAGACAAUCGUGAUCCGUCACUGGUGGCCACUGGCUAUCACGGCCAGGGCGGUCCACUUACGGUUACCAAUGCUACCUAUGCGACCAAGAUUUCCAAAGCGUUUGUCCGAUCGGGUCCUUUUUUCGGCUAUCCAAUCGGUUCGACUACCGGUGCCCGACAAUCGGUAUUUGAUUUUCCACAGCGAACCAUACGUAACGGUAAACGACUGUCGAUGGCCAGAGCCUACUUGGAACCGGUGGCCAACCAAAGAGAUAAUUUACAUAUAUUUAUACGAAGUUUUGUUACUCGCAUACUAUUUAAUGCCGACAAAAGGGCCAGUGGUGUCGAAUUUGUACGAAAUGGACGCAAAAUGGUUGUCCGCGCCAGGCGUGAGGUCAUACUAUCUGCCGGUGCUGUUAUGUCGCCUAAAAUACUGAUGCUUUCUGGUAUUGGGCACCGUCAGCAUCUCAAUCAGCUGGGAAUUGACUGUAUAUCCGAUAGGCCUGUCGGUGACAAUCUCAUGGAUCAUGUGGCCAGUAGUAUAACAUUUUCGCUGAACGAAUCGGUUGGCUAUGAUUUUAUCGGUGAGAUCGCACCGUCCAAUAUAUUAGAGUAUUUGGUUGACAAAAAUAACAGCCUAUCGAGUACUAUACUCGAGAGUAUGGCAUUUGUUAACUCAAAAUAUGCCGAUCCCCUGGACGACUGGCCCGAUAUACAGUUACACGUAUUGCCAGCUUCCGUUGCCAGCGAUCAUGGACUACGACUACGCAAAGUUAUGCGACUGACCGGUAAACUCUGGUCAGUAUAUAAGCCGUACGAAUGGGUGCCAACGCUGACCAUCUAUCCGACACUAUUGCGACCGAAAUCAAGAGGUACUAUACGGCUGUUGACGGCUAAUCCUUGGGAUCGUCCGGUAAUUGAUCCCAAUUUUUUUGCCAACGACUCCGAUCUGGAUGUACUGGUCGACGGUAUGCGACUGGCACUGGACGUCGUCAGCCGUUCGCCACCAUUGCAACGAUACGAUGCCCGACCCAUACGGUCAGUGUUUCCCGGCUGUGAACGUUAUCAGCUAUACUCUGACUCGUAUUUGCGAUGUAUGUGCCAGACGUUUACGGCGGUUAUCUAUCAUCCGAUGGGUACCUGCAAAAUGGCUGACCCGACCAGCGACCCGACUGGUUCGGCUGUAGUCGAUACCGAACUACGGGUAAUCGGUGUCAACGGUUUGCGUGUAGUCGACGCUUCCAUAUUUCCCGGGCCAGUAUCGGGCAAUAUUAACGCACCGAUUGUGGCCGUUGCCGAAAAAAUAGCCGAUCAUAUACGCGGUCGUCGACUGAGACCAAUGCGACCGCCGAUGACUGCCGAAAUGAUUGCCAGAUUACCGAACUUACCGUUUGACAAACUUUGA